GCGGUCGCCGCCGCUGGUGCAAUCCCGCCGCUCGUCGUGCUCCUGCGGAGUGGUGACGAUUCCGUUAAGUUGCUUGCCGCGAAGGUGCUGCAGAACCUCGCCCGCGGAGUUUGGGAAAUCAGAAACUCCAUCGGGGCGGCCGGCGCCGUGCCGGCGCUCAUCGAGGUCGUGAAUAGCGGCGACGAUAGCUCCAAGAAGCACGCCGCCCACGCGCUGGCGAAUCUCGCGUGGCACCACGAUGGCAACACCCUUUCGGUCGCCAGUGCCAUCGUG